AUCAGACUGGAGAAAUAAUUGAAUACUUGUAAUCUACUACGUUCCGAAAUUCAAUUCACAAAUAAAAAUUCAAGAGGUUUAAUAAAUUUUUUUCCUUAUUUGUCCUGGGUGAAAUGUAGGUGUUUGUGUCCUUGGAAAAAUGAAAAAGUCAAGUAUACUGAAUUUGACCCAUAAUCCCAGAUCCCAUCCAAAAAGAAAAAAAGAAAAGCUAAGCCACCCAACUCUGACUUCAUUGCUACUGAUGAGUCAUAUUAAGGAAAUUCAAAUACCCAUAAUUAUACAUUUUAGAAUUUCUCAAAGUAGAGACGGAGGCAAUGGAGGAAACUUUUCCAAUGAAUGGUGGAGAUUCUGCUUACAGUUACACCAAAAACUCCAAAUAUCAGAAACUAGCGUCCGAUGCAGUGAAGGAAAUGAUCCAAGAAGCAGUGAUUGAGAAACUAGACACGGAAUCAAUGUCGAGCACAGUGGCGAUAGCAGAUUUGGGGUGUUCGGUUGGCCCAAACACUUUCUUCACCGUUCAAAAUCUGAUGGAAGCAGUUGAAGCCAAGUGGGGUUCCAAAAACAAGCUGGAAUUCCAAGUAUUCUUCAACGACCACUCGGCCAAUGAUUUCAACACGCUCUUCGCCUCCCUCCCAGCGGACAGGCAGUACCACGCAGCCGGGGUGCCCGGCUCGUUCCACGGCCGCCUUUUCCCGCGUAACUCCAUCACCCUGGCGCACUCCUCCUACGCUCUCCAGUGGCUUUCCAAGCAGCCUCAAGGGGUGCCGAACGAGGGCAGAAUUCACUACACAGGCGCAUCCGAGGACGUGGUGAGGGCCUACUUGGAUCAGUAUGAGAAGGAUUUGGGAGUUUUUAUGAGUGCGAGAGCAGAGGAGAUUGUGAGAGGAGGUCUUCUCAUUUUGGUGGUGCCUGCAUCUCCUGAUGGAGCCUCCCACUCAGACCAGCCUGCAGGUGUUCUCUUCAGUUAUCUUGGACAUAGCCUAAUGGACUUAGCUAAUGAGGGAGUUGUUGAUAAAGCUAAAAUAGACGGCUUCAACUUGCCCAUCUAUGCUCCGACAGUAGGGGAGAUGAGGAGAGUGAUAGAGAAGAAUGGAUGUUUUAUGAUUGAGAGAAUGGAGCUUACAGAUCCGAGGUCAAAGGUUGAUGGAGCUAUUGAUGUAGGUAGUCUGAUAAUGCACAUGAGAGCUGGAAUGGAGGGGAUCUUCACCACUCACUUUGGAGAUUCUGUGGUUGACAGAAUGUUCGCCAAGGCUUCCGCAAAAGCUCAAGAAAUGUCGCACUUAUUGGAGUCUACCUAUCAUCAAAGUAGUGCUACUCAACUGUUCCUUGUGCUCAAGCGUAAAUAGGGUAAUUUCUUGCACUAUCAAUAAGGGGAUCGAUUCAGCUGUUGUUCAUUUCUCAGAUCCUGCCCUGCCCAUCAAACAAAAGUUACAUCUCACUUGGUGAAAGCCCAUCUUUUAAUGUUAGAUUGUAGCUUCAAUUUCUGACUACGACUCGCUAUAGUACAACUGCGAAAAAGUUUAAUUACUAA